AUGCACAUUAGGUUUUACCUCGAAGGCAAGCAGCAAAACAGCUUGACUUCAUGGGGCCAAUUCGAUAAAUCAUCGAAAGGGAAGAACAAAUUCCCAUCUUCCCUAACAAAUCCUGACGUAAAAGGCAAAGUCACUGACCCAAUAAGGUUUGGGGGAUCGAAGGUUUAUCCAGAGAAUCCAGAGCCGUGCCACAAGCAUAUACUGGACCCAGGCAGUGAGAUAGUGCUCAAAUGGAAUAGGGUUUUCAUUGUCUCUUGCUUGUUGGCGCUUUUUGUCGACCCUUUGUAUUUCUACUUGCCGAGCGUGGGGGGUACCAAAGGGUCAUGGUGUGCCAAGACGGACUUGAAUUUAAGGAUAGUGGUCACAUUUUUCCGAACAAUUGCCGAUGUUUUCUACCUUUUGCAUGUGGUGAUCAAGUUUAGAACGGCAUAUGUGGCCCCGAGUUCGCGGGUUUUUGGCAGGGGUGAGCUCGUGAUGGAUCCUAAGGAGAUUGCAAGGAGAUAUCUAAGAUCCGACUUUUUUAUUGAUUUAAUAGCGACUUUGCCUCUGCCUCAGAUUGUCAUCUGGUUCAUCAUACCAGCAACAAGAAACCACCGAACGAAUCAAGAUAACAAUGCGCUUGCUCUAAUUGUACUAUUCCAAUAUAUUCCCAGGUUGUACCUUAUUUUCCCAUUGAGCUCCCAAAUAAUAAAAGCAACUGGAGUGGUCACCAAAACUGCUUGGGCUGGGGCAGCCUACAAUUUGUUACUCUACAUGUUAGCAAGCCAUGUCUUGGGUGCAGCAUGGUACGUACUUUCGGUUGACCGUUACCUAUCUUGCUGGAAAUCAAUGUGCAGAAAGGAAGAAAGACCUAUGAAAUGUUUGCUCGAAUAUUUAGAUUGUGACAUGGCUGAAAGUAGACAGGUCGACAUUUGGAUGAAUGGCACAAAUGUCUUCCAGAGUUGUGACCCCACAGGAGAUAUCACAUUCAAAUUCGGGAUUUUUGAGAAUGCUGUCACGAAACAAGUUGUCUCUUCAACUUUUGUUCGAAAGUAUUUCUAUUGCCUGUGGUGGGGUUUACAGAACUUGAGUUCAUACGGGCAGAAUUUAUCAACGAGCACAUUUAUCGGGGAAACUUCCUUUUCCAUUCUUAUUGCGAUCUUGGGUCUUGUUUUGUUCGCACAUCUUAUUGGAAAUAUGCAGACAUACUUGCAGUCUCUAACAGUAAGGCUUGAAGAGUGGAGGCUAAAACGACGAGACACAGAGGAGUGGAUGCGCCACCGGCAGCUUCCGGAAGAUCUGAGAAAACGGGUGAGGCGUUUUGUUCAGUACAAAUGGCUUGCGACUCGAGGAGUGGAUGAAGAAGCCAUUUUGCACGGUUUGCCUGCCGAUCUCAGUCGUGAUAUCCAACGCCACCUGUGCUUGGACCUCGUCAGACGUGUCCCGUUUUUCUCACAGAUGGACGACCAAUUACUCGACGCCAUAUGCGAACGUCUCGUCUCAUCCCUUAGCACGGAAGGCACCUACAUCGUGCGUGAGGGCGACCCCAUAACCGAGAUGCUGUUCGUAAUCCGUGGCAGGCUCGAAAGCUCCACCACCAACGGCGGCCGAACGGGAUUCUUCAACUCCAUCACUCUUCGCCCAGGAGACUUUUGCGGAGAAGAGCUCCUUGCGUGGGCCCUCCUCCCCAAGUCAGCAGCCACUAGCCUCCCUUCAUCCACUCGAACUGUGCGGGCCCUUGUUGAAGUCGAGGCCUUUGCCCUACGAGCAGACGACCUAAAGUUCGUGGCCAAUCAGUUUCACCGCCUACACAGCAAACGGCUGCAGCACACUUUUCGGUUUUAUUCACACCAUUGGCGUACGUGGGCUGCUUGCUUUAUUCAGGCUGCCUGGCGAAGGUAUAAAAGGAGGAGGCUCGCCAAAGAUCUUGCCCGGAUGGAAUCGUCCGUGGUGGCGGCCCAGGAGGAUGAUGAGGUGGCGGGACAGGAUUCGUCGUCAACUGUGAUAAAGUCGAAUUUGGGGGUCACGAUUUUGGCGUCGAGGUUCGCGGCCAAUACACGGAGGGGGGCUCAGAAGGUUAAAAAUGUUGUGGAUUUGCCGAAGCUGCCGAAGCCUGAGGAGCCCGACUUCUCGGCCGAGCCGGAAGAUUAG